AUGCCGCAGAACGGAAAGUGCCAGCUGCAGCCCCCAACAGGCUAUCCAUGCGAUUUAGAGAUAGCUGUCCGACACUCCUUGAGUUUCUACCACCAGACAGAGCAGCCCUUUCUUGUCUGCUUCUUCAGCGACUCGAAGAGCCCCUUGCUCAAGGCUUCUCUGUUGGACGAAGCAGAACAGACGGGGGAUAUCCAGCUCGUCUGCAAGGACGGUUCCAAGGUCCCGGCCCACUCCGCGGUCUUGGCCAGCAUCCCCUACUUUAGAACCAGGCUCAAGGACGACUGGUCGGGGCCCGGGUGGACCCUCACCAACAAGCUGGAGCUCAGCCUGCCGUGCCCGGUGACCCGGGACGCCGUGGAGGCGUUUCUCAAGUACGCGUACGGAGGCGCGUGGUCGCUGCGACAGCUCAGCCCAACGGACGCUCUCAUGAUGCAGGAGCUCUUCUCUUUGGCGGACGCUUGCGGACUGCUUUCUCUGUGCUCGAACAUCUCGGACAUGGCAGUGGUCACUCUAGACUCCGUCGGCUCUUGGCUCGAGUUCGUUUCCAAGGAGCACGGGUCCGACGUGCAAAUGCUCGAUAAGAAAAUCAGAGACACGGUUGGGGAUACCUUUGAGAAGCUCAAUUCAGACAAGGCCUUCUGGGAAGCUUUGAACGCAGAGCAGCUUUCGAGCCUUGCACAGAUAGCAAAAAGUGCAAGAUGCGAGGAGGCUACUUUGGGGCAAGGAUGA